AUGCAGCAAAUGGUUAACCACAGCACCAUAUCAGAGUUCCAUCUUCUGGGGUUCCAGAGUCUUCCUCAGUGGCAGAUCCUAUGCUUUAGUAUGUUCUUACUUAUCUACAUCCUAACCAUAACAGGCAAUGUGGUCAUCAUUGCAGUGGUCAAGCUGGAGCCAUGUCUUCAUUCCCCUAUGUACACUUUCCUGCAAAACUUCUCCUUCCUAGAAAUCUGGUAUACCACCACCAUUGUGCCCAAGAUGCUCAGCAACCUCCUGAUAGAGAGGGCCACUAUCUCCUUCAAUGGGUGCAUGACCCAGCUCUACUUCUUUGUCUUCUUUGGGGCAACAGAAUGUUUCCUGCUGUGUGUGAUGGCAUAUGACCGGUACCUGGCCAUCUGUGACCCACUGCAUUACACAGUGUCCAUGAACACUCUGUUCUGUACCCGCUUGUCCAUAGGAACUUGGGGUAUUGGUCUCUUCACAGGGUUGUUGCCAUCUUUGCUGAUCUCCAGACUAAGUUUCUGCAGAUCCAAUCAAGUGAACCAUUUCUUCUGUGACAUCCCACCUUUGCUGAAACUCUCCUGCUCUGACACUUCAGUCACGGAGACAACCGUCUUUCUGCUCUCUGUAUUGGUCCUUUUCACUUGCUUCCUGCUUACCCUGGUGUCAUAUGUAUUCAUCAUCUUGACUGUCCUGAAAAUCCCUUCUGCUUCUGGAAAGAAAAAGACCUUCUCCACCUGUGGUUCACACUUGGCUGUGGUGGUAAUAUAUUAUGGCACCAUGAUCUCUACGUAUGUUCGCCCCAGUGCUAGCCUUUCAUCAGAACUGAAUAAGGCAGUCUCUGUCUUCUACACUGUGGUGACCCCACUUCUCAACCCUGUAAUAUAUAGUUUGAGGAACAGAGAUUUCAAAGAGGCCCUGCAAAAACUGGUCAAGAAGAAACGUGCCCUAUUCAAUAGAUAA